GCAGAUAACUAAAUGACUGUCCAUGAAUAUGAGUCGCAAAGGCAGUGCAGAUGUGAAAACCAUCCCCCACACCCGAAUCAAUGAUGAGAGCUGGAUAUGGGAAAAUUACGAACCCGGGGAGAAAAUCGGGCAAGGCACAUUCGGCAAAGUGUUCAAAGUCAAACACAAGGAGACUGGGAAAUAUUGGGCCAUAAAGGUCAUCAACAAGGAAAAGGCUGGAGGUCCAGUUAUUAAGCUUCUGGAGAGAGAAGUGAAUAUUCUAAAACGAGUUCUGCAUGAACACAUCAUCAGUCUCAAUGAAGUGUUUGAAACUGCCAAGAAAAUGUACCUAGUGAUGGAAUUAUGUGAGGGUGGUGAGUUGGCGGAUGUCAUGAAAAACCGAGAGCCUCUUCCUGAAAAUGAAUGCAAGAUUAUCAUGACAAGACUAGCUAAUGCCAUAUCAUACCUCCAUAAAAAUGACAUAGUUCACAGAGACCUGAAACUGGAAAAUAUACUUCUAGCUCAGAAUCCUGAUAAUGUAGACGAUAAACUGUAUAUCAAGGUGACAGAUUUUGGAUUAUCAGUGGUGAAAGGAGGGACUGGUCAUGACAACAUGAUGCAGGACUUUUGUGGGACCCCCAUAUAUAUGUCUCCAGAAAUUAUAGACAACAAAACAUAUAGCCAAAAUUGUGAUGUUUGGGCCAUGGGUGUUAUACUGUAUAUAAUGUUAAGUGGAAGUCCACCUUUUAAAUCAAAAGAUGAGGACUCAUUAUAUGAACUAAUUAAAAAAGGAGAACUAGACUUCAGUGAAGAGGCCUGGUCUAAAGUCAGUGAUAAUGCUAAAUCCUUACUGGAGAAAAUGAUGAGAGUUGACCCAGCUCACAGACUGACUGCUACAGAAGUGUUACAUCACCCCUGGAUCACGGGAAAUGAAGCACAGCAGGAGUCAACUAAUGUGUUGGAAUUGAUGAAGAUGUUCCGUGAUGAACAGAACCAGAAGACAGAUGACAGUGCAAUAAAUGGAGAACUGAGUGAACUAGAUUUGGGGGGCUCCAAUGACACUUCAGAGGGCAACACUGUUAAGAAUGGAAAUACAAGGAAAGGUUCAGGAGGAGUGAAAAAGCCUGGGUCAGGUGGUAAAUCGGGGCCCUCAGCAGCACGACAGAGUAGUCAGGUUUCUUCUCAUUCUAAGCCCUCCACUUCAACUUCCAAGCCAAGUGCCAAAACACCCACCCCUACCAAAAUACAGACAAACAAUAAACUAUCUGUCAACACCAGGGCCACGCCCACCCCAUCUGGCAGGGGGCGGGGCACCAGGAAAUGACCAGUAUUAUUGAAUUGUAAACUAUGCACAGUGAGUCAGUGAUGGAGAAAUGUGUGAUGCCUCAGAAAUUAAAUUGUGAUGUGACAGAGAAAUGGAUUUAGAUAACUGAAGUGUACAACAAACUAUCUUUCUCUUAGCUCUUGUUUUUACAAGAAGAUGGAACAUUAUACAAAGACUUCAGACCUAAUAUGGACAUUUUGUUUUUGAUGUGGAGAAAACAGUGGUACUGCUUGAUGUAUGUGUUUUGAAUUUCAAGCUCACUGCUGAUUUUUAAAGUCCGUCCAGCUGUCUGCAUAUGCCAGUAUUAUCAAAAGAUGUCCUAAUAUGUUAUUAUUUAUAUAAUGAUCCAUGUCUACAACAUUUUCAAGACCUCUUUUUAGAAUUCAUUGAUCCUCUGUGGGACUUUUAAAAUAAUGCCAUCUUAUGUACAUGUAUCUAUUUGUACUUAAGAUUACCGAAAAAUUGCGAGCUUCAAAAUCUACUAACCAUUUUUCGGAUGCCAGAGGAAAAACCCUUUAUAUUUCAAUUAUUGUGAAGUAUCCUGCCUUAGGGCAAAUUUGACUCACAGUUUGUUUUGUGACGUUAUUGUGAUAUAUAUUUUUAACUGAAAUAUAAAGGUUUGAAAA